AUGGGCAGGGGUGGUUUCAUGUCGCGAGCUGCGGUUGCUAGUGGCCCGUUCUCGCAAAUGACAACAGAGGGAGGCGGCAGAUCCGGCGGAGGAUGGGGCGGCGGUGGUGGUGGAGGAGGCGGCGGCGGAGGGUUCUUUGGCGGCGGCGGUGGCGGCGGCGGCGGCCGAAAGAGAGAGGGUGGCGCCUUUGGAGAGGCUUCGGGCCAUCGCGAAGCACGAAUCAACGCCGAUAGACUCGCCGGAUAUCCUGUCGACCGCGAGCCCGACUCUGACGAUGAAGAGACGGCGGCCCUCAUUGGCGCAAAGCCUGGUAAUAUCUGGCCCAUGGGUAUCGCCCGUAUCGACAAGAAAGAAGAGAAGAAGACGAUUGCAACCUCGGCCGAACUUGAGGCAGAAGAACAGGGCAAGGCUGAAGAGAGCCUCUUCGUUGAAGGAGAAGAAGAAGGAUGGUCCGGCGCUAUUCCCCCGAUGGAAGACGAGACCAAAGUCUGGCAUGCGGCACCCAAGGGUGUGAUUCAGGUCAAGGCAGAACCUGGCGGCGAACCAGGUGCCAUGGACAUUGCGCCGGUCGACUUCAACGCGCACGUCAAGUCCGCAACCCCCGAGGUCGAGGAGGAUAAGGUCACCCCUGAACCGAAGACGAAGAAGACAAUGGCCGACCCCGAGGUGGAGAUGAUCACACACGACAUGGAGCUUCUGCUGGGCGAAUUGGGCACCGUCACGGACGAGAAUUCAAAGGCACCCGAGACUGAGGUUGCGAGCAAGGACGGACGACUGUACCUCUUCCAGUUCCCGCCCUUACUGCCACCACUGCAACCUGCAACUGCACCUAAGGUCAAGCCAGAGCCCGACGAUGUUGUCAUGCUUGACCGGCCGGGCGAGGCUGUCGACCUCACACAGGCGGAAGAGAACGCUCAACCCAAGGUCGAGGAAGCCGAUAUUGACCUGACGGACAUCAACCAGUUGGUCUCCCAAGCUGGAAUGAUGGGAAAGCUCAAGGUCCGCAAAUCUGGAAAGGUCGAGCUGGAUUGGGGCGGAAGAACACUCGAACUCAGCCCAGCUGCGGGCAUGAACUUCUUGACUACGGCUGUGAUUGUGGAGGAGUCGGACGAAAAGGCGAAGCAAGGUGUUCCCGGUGGAGACAGUAUUGGCAUGGGCAAGAUCAUGGGCCGAUUUGUUCUCGCGCCGACUUGGGGUGACGAGGAAGAGUGGACGGUUGAUCCAGAGGAUCUUGUUGUUCCUGAAGCGUAG